GCCUCCUCUCUCCGCUUUCCGCCCCCCGCCUUCUCUCCCACUCCACUGGGCCGCGAGGAAGUCGCAAGAUGGCUGAUGUCGCUUGGAAGUAAUGUUCCCCCUUUGCAACAUGAAGCCGUGAGUGUGGAAGACGAGCGAGGGAGGCAUAAUCGGGCUUUUAUUUUUCAUUUUCUUUUAGUUUAUUUUCUUUUAUUCCGUCAAACAGUCAUCUCAUUCCGCGUCGUAUCCGCCCCGGACUUGUCUUCGGGAGUUGACGCGUCAAAUCACGCCGGGGACCCUGCCAGCAGCUAGCCACACAGUUAGCAAAUAGAAGUACAGCUAGCCAGACAGACAGCCGCAGCGUUUGUUCGUUUAUCGCUGUUAGCGUUUUAACCCUGGCGACACAACUGAUCACUGCUAUAGACACAUGCUCAAAUUUAACCCGCUCCUCAGUUUAAAAGACGUCGAAACACCAGCACUGUCAUUUGGAACAAUUUUGCUAGCUGCUCGGGUUAACAUGUCCGCGAACUGGCCGUCCAGUCUGCGGUUUGCUAACUAGUGCGCAGUAUUUGAUCUAUUUCAUGUGAGCGAGCGGGCCAUUUCUGGAGGGAUUGUUAAUAUUUAGCACGCAGAGGGAUUGCAGUUUUACACCCAUAACUGUAUAUUUUGGAGUACGGUUAUGUGCUAGUCAAAUUAUGGCUGCAGCGCAAAUUGACAACUAGUUGUAGCCACACUGGCCUUGUUGGCCUCAUCGAAAUCCACAGCAAUGGACACUCAACUCCGCAGCCACGUCUAAAUCUGAUAAAUUGGAAUUUUUCGGGGGAGAGUAACUACAGCAGGCCCAAAUCACACGACCGUAUAUGAAUGACCAGUUGAUUAUCAGGGUGUCAGCUACUUCGAAGGGUUAACUAACACACUUGUCAAUCACUACUUGGGAGACAGUUAGCUCGCUGUUAGCUAGCUUGUCUCGCUCCACAUCACUUUACAAACACGGCGUACAGAACGUAUUCAGAGCCCACUCCCGGCCAGACACACAGGCUCAAUAACACCGUCAUGGGAGUGCAAGGCUUUCAAGAGUAUCUGGAGAAGCGUUGUCCCGGGGCCGCUGUCCCCGUGGACCUGCUUAAGCUCGCGCGGACCGCGGCCCGUCAGCCCCCUCACCACCAUCACCCACACCACCACCCACACCAUCCCGGGCCCAUGCCUCCCCCGCCUCCACCUGCGAGGAUCCUCAUCGACGCCGACUCCGGCCUGCAACGCCUCUACGGUGGCUACCAGACAGAUUGGGUUUGCGGUGGCCAGUGGAACGCCAUGCUAGGCUACCUGGCCGCGCUGUCCCAGGCCUGCCUGUUCCAGGGUGGCCUGGAGCUGGUAGUGGUUUUCAACGGCACACUUGGGAAGGAGCGCUGGCCGGAGUGGGCGCGGCGGGUUCAGGGCCAGCGACAGACUGCUCAACUGAUAGUCAACCACGUCGGCAGCAAGGCUACCCCGCCUCCCCGGGCAUGGUUCCUGCCCCCGGCCUGCCUCAGCCACUGCGUCCGCCUCGCCAUGUUCCGCUUCCGAGUGCGGGUUGUACAGACUUUGGAAGAUCAUCACCAGGAAGUGCUGUCUCUCUACAGGGACUUUGGAUUUGCUGGCCUGAUAGCUCAGGAUUCUGAGUUUGCACUCUGCAACGUACCUGCCUAUUUCUCCUCACAUGCACUCAAGCUGAGCUGGAAUGGCAAAAACCUGACCACACACCAGUAUCUGCUGUCUGAAGCUGCCAGGCAGCUCGGGCUCAAGACUCAGCACCUGCCCUGCUUCGCUGCUCUGCUGGGAAAUCAUAUUCUGCCUGAUGAAGACCUGGCUGCCUUCCACUGGAGUCUGCUGGGACCAGAACACCCACUAGCAUCUCUCAAGGUGCGAGCCCAUCAAUUGGUGCUGCCACCCUGUGAAGUGGUGAUCAAGGCCGUGUCAGAGUACGUCUCCUCCAUCAAAGACCUUGGAAACCUGGAUGCAAUCGCUAGCGAUGUCUUCAAACAGUCACAGUCUCGCAUGGAGGACAAGGUGGAUCGAUUCAAGAAAGCUGUGGAUUAUUUCUCAGCUGCCUCCAAAUCACGAUCGCCUAACAUGGGACCCCCGUCUUUCAUUUUACCUGGGUUUGGGCCCACUCCAUUUGGAGGACCACCUGGCCACAUGGGACCGAUGCAUCUUGGAAAAAAUCAGUUCCCUCCUCCUCAGAUGCCUGGCUUAAAACCACCUUUUCCAAAUGCUCCAUUUGGACCUGGGUCCACCCCCCUGUUUCAGGACCCACCGCCUCCAUCCCAAGACUGCAAUGAUUCACCAACAGGAAAGAUGGGCUUCUCUGACUGGUCAGCGCCAUACGAUUCCACUCAGGGCGGAGGCCGUUUGCCAAAUCACCACGCAGGCACUCAGUCCGGUCCUUCUCCGUCACCUUCCUCAUCAUCAGAUGGUGAUGAACCCAAUGACAGCAAUGCAAACCAUUUGACGGACAAGCCCUCACGCUGGGAGGGCCCGGUCUCUGGAGACGGUUCCCAAGGCAACGGGAGCGGAUCAAACAUUCCGUCACUGCUGUCUAUGGCGACGAGGAGUCACAUGGACAUAACCACACCCCCAUUGCCUCAGGUCAGUGCUGAGGUUCUUCGUGUAGCAGAACAUAGACACAGAAGAGGGUUGAUGUACCCGCAGAUUUACCACAUUUUGACCAAGGGAGAGAUGAAAAUGCCAGUAUGUAUAGAGGAUGAGUGUAACUCUGAGCUGCCCCCUGCCUCUCUGCUGUUCCGUGCUGCCAGACAAUAUGCCUAUGGCGUCCUCUUCAGUCUGGCUGAGACACACCGCCGCCUGGAAAGACUCGCCCUCCGCAAGAGAGCUCCGCUGGAAGUUCCUCCAGUGAUUGUCAAAGAGUGGAGCAGUGGGAAAGCCAAGUCGGCUCUGACUCCCGAACUGGUUCCGGCUCUGUGUUUCCGGGAGUGGACCUGCCCAAACUUGCGUCGCCUGUGGUUGGGCCGUGCCAGUGAGGACCGCUCCAGGAGAACCAGGGCCUUCUUGGCCUGUCUACGCUCUGACUGUCCAGCCCUCCUCAACCCAGCACAGGUCCCACAGCAUCUGCUGCUCAUGUGCUGCGUGCUCAGGUAUAUGAUGCAGUGGCCUGGAGGGAGGAUCCUCCAGAGACAUGAGCUGGAUGCCUUCUUGGCCCAGGCGGUUUCCAAUCAGCUCUACGAACCAGACCAGCUACAGGAGCUCAAGGUGGAGAAGGUGGAUGCCCGCGGCGUGCAGCUGGCUGCUCUCUUUAUGGCCGGUGUUGACACAGCACUUUUCAUCAACGAUGUAUGCGGCCAGCCAUUGCCAUGGGAACACUGCUGUCCCUGGGGCUUCUUUGAUGGCAAACUGUUCCAGAGCAAACUGGCCCGCGCCGCCCGUGAUCGUGCUGCCCUGCUAGAUAUGUGUGAAGGCCAGGAGGAGCUGGUGUCCAAAGUGGAGAAGAUGCGUCAGGCGAUACUUGAGGGGAUCAAUCUGUCUCGUCCUCCUCCACCACCUCCCCCGCUUCCACCCCCUGCCUUUUUACCACCUGCCAUGGUGCCCCCUUUUUACCCAAUGCCCCCUCUCUAUCCGCCGCGGCCCAUGGGUGGCAUGCCUCCUCAUCACCCGCAUCAUCCACACCACCCUGCCCAGCACAGACCCAGAGCCUUCCCAGGCAUCCAGUCCAUACCUCCUCAGGGAGGAAAACUGGAGAUUGCAGGCAUGGUUGUCGGCCAGUGGGCUGGGAACAAGCCAAUACGCGGCAGAGGAGGGUUCAACAUGCAAGUGGUUUCAGUGGGAACAGGGAAAGGGAGGGGUAAAGAUAUUCCAGCAAAGCUGCGGGGAGGGAAAAAGGCAACUCCCAGCAGAACACAGACAUCGUCACCCCCUCCAUCCAACAGUCCCCCAAAGCCCCCAGAAGAGGUGGGCUCGACGCCAGAGGUUGCGACUCAGCAGCUGAAUGGCAGCUCAGCAGCCAUCGGGCAGCCCUUGGAGCUGGUCCCCCUGGCCCAGCCAAUCCAGUGUGCCUUAGCCAGCAGAGACAACCAAUCACAGGGGGUUGAAGUGGAGGCCCCCUGUUGCCUUGACGACUGCCCGUCAGAUGGAGCGCUACAGAAGGAAGAGUGACGACGUCUUUAGGAUGCGCUGCUCGGAAAGAGUUAUGUGUUUGACUGCCUUUCCCUGUCUUUGUAGCACUGAUUGCUAACUGUGCAUGUUAUCCCAUGGAGCAGGAAGCCUUUAGAGUAUCUGUCGGAUAUUCCGUUCUGUUCCAUGCGAUGCAUCCAAACAGUUGGUCGUCAAAGCAGUUAAACCCCAUUUUUAGUUUUCUCAUGUGCUUUUAUGUUUUUAUAAAGAGAUUUUCUCGAAGUUUGUAAACGCCCCACCCCUCCAAAAAUAGCCUCCCUUGCCGCACACAAAGUAAAGUAAGCUUCAAGUUCCACCCCCAGUUACCACCCGCCGCUUAAACAAGCCCCCCUUCCAAGUACGGUCAUCCGUAAAGUUUUGAGUUUUCUAUGUCGUUUUAACGGUCCCAUUGUUUGAGAAACUGCGCACACAUUGCAGUUCCCGGUGACAGAUUGGAUGUGGUUUCCAUGGUUACAACAUCUCGGCCUCGUCGCCAUGGUCUGUGUGUCGAUGCGAUUUGUGAUUGUCAUGUCAUGUAAGCUUUGAUCGAUGGAGCUCAAAGAGACGUUCAGAGGCUACCUCUGAAUUUGUUGAAAAUAUUCAAAAGUCACUUUUGUCUGCACAGUAUCUCCCCCCCGCCCCCCUCGCCCCCCCCGACUGUGCAAGAUAACCUGCUAAAAAAAAAGAAGUUAGCAUUUUUGCUAGCCGUACCCCUCUUGAUAGUUGAGUUGGUUAUCUAGCACUGGACUAGCAUGUCUGCACCACCAUAUUAGGAUGCUAUUUGACUUUGACCUACAGUAUGUAGCAUAGCCCAGAGCUUAGCUGUGCUAAUAGACCCCAGGAAUUUAUGCAUCUUAAUCCCUAAAGUAUGCAAGGUUUUACCCUGCUCCUUAAAAAAAAAAAUCUAUUAAUUCCCCACCCUCCUGCCCCUUUUUCCCAAAGUUUUGAUUGUACUAUUCCAACAGAAGCACUUGAUGUUGUAUUUAAAUGUAAGACAUUUUUAAAUAGGCCCCUGAUACAGAUUGACUUGUGUGUGGGGGGGGUGUGCGCCUAAUUAACGAUAAUGACAUGUAGAACGACAUUUAAAGUUAGAGAUCUAUUUGAAAGACGUCAGAAUGUGUACAGAGUGGUGCCAGACAAAGACGCACUUUGUUUUUUUUUUUUCAAGAUGUUUAAACCACACUGGAAGGUCCUCUGCCAGGAAUAUAGAGAAGCGAAAAACACUCUGAGGCACCUUUCUAGAGUUAAAGGCCAAAAAGAAAAAGACUGCUGCCCAUGCAGAUAAACACAGAAGGUCCCAUGCAGACUCUCUGCAACGCGACGUCAUUCACUUAAGAACUUUCUUAAGGACACCUGAUUCUCCAUGUUUCCAGGGAGUCACUUUCAGAACAGUAACGUCCAAAGUGAAUUUUAACGCAUCCGGCUGACAUGCGGUCACCGAUGUCAUAUAUGGGUGCGCCAGCUUUGGCCUCAAAGAUCCCUCCAUAUCCUUUUGGUGGCGAAUGACGAGCCGUUGUCUUGACAAUAGAGCGACGUGCGCCGCCAAGCUCUAGUGUGUCACUUUAAACCAACAGAAUGCUCUUCUCUGCCGUAUGGUAACUGCCAACGAGGUGGCAACUUUACGGGUCGGAACACGCGUCACGAAGAGAGGGACCCCUCACAGUGCCCCCUAGUGUCCCACUCAAUAGGAUAGUGAAUUGUUUUGUGAAAGCACUUAUGUUUGUAUUGAACAAAAUGUCCCCCUCAACAAACAAUGGAAAUAAACAUAUGUACUUAUCAGUUCUAUAUACCGAACAACUGCAUGUUGCAAAGCAGUAGACAUACCCGAGAGACGCUGGCCACGAGCGCGGAAAAUACGCUCUGUACAGCAUAAAAGGCAAAAGUCAACAAGAAAGCACCUUAUUUUCAUACCACGUUGAUGACUUGUGCUCUUUUGCGUGCCACAAAAUUGACAUGGGAACGCCGUUUUAAAGGAAAAGACCGUGACUAUAUGUAAGCGUUAAUGUAGUCUCGUCAGACAUCCCCCAUGUUAUGAACACAACCAUUAACAGCGAGAUGCCGAUAUCUGACCCAGUGACGGGCGCAGGCUUGCACUCGUCACAUGGCUGGGAUGCGCCGUCGUCUCCUAACACGUAACGACAGGAAAAGAGUUUAUUGGUCAGAAGUAAACCUACACCACUGGGUGCUGUGUUUUUUUUUGGCGUCUGGACUCAAAAAAAAAAAAAACACUUAAGACAUGAAGACUAGGCUAGAGAAUAUGGCUCCACCGGCUGAAAUACCAAGUCUAGACUUUGUAGGAGUCGCGUACUUAACUGCGUUCAACCGUUUUGACAUUAGGACAUGUAUUUCAAAGUACAUUGUUAGAGGAUGGCUUUUCUGUGGCGAGCCAAUGUGAUCAGGUAUAUAAUGCCCUCUACGGAUUUGCUCGCCACUCACGAACACACACAAAAAUAGUACUCAUAUAACGCAAACACAGUACACACACACACACACACACACUUUCAUUCUCUCUGCUUUCGUACUGAAGUGAUAUAUUUGUGCAGUUUCAGUUGCCAGUGGAGUGCUUGUCAGUUCAUUGGAGAUCAUUUAACACAUUUGACUGACUCUGAAUCCCUUACACUCGUGUUUGCAUGGACAUGAUUUAAAAAAAAAAAAAAAAAAUACACGAUACAGCUUUCAAGGUAGUCGAGUACCACGCUGAUACAUGCACAUAGCCACACAACACAUGCACAUACAUAGAUGUUAAACCCUGAGUUUCACAAUAGCUAGUAUGGAUUAAAAAAAAACAGCAACACAAUACAUAAUUUAGUGUCCCUCUUUUGUCUGGUUUUAGUUCAAUAGGGAUUUCAUUAGUGAUUUUUUUUUUUUAAUGCUUGUUAAACCAACAUCAACCUUUCCCUGCUUUUUUGACAUGUUGUCCCCGCUAUCCCUACGCCGUUUUUCUUUUAAAUGCUCUUCCUUUUUCAGCACGUACACAUACACAGAUCCCGCUCACUUCGGUCCCCACAAAGCAAGAACUUUGGAUUCGGCACAAGGCCAUCACCGCUAGAGAUAUUUCUCUAGGUCACAACAGUUUAUUUUGAAACAUACAAAAAUUACAAUCAGGAAAAUAAUACAAUUACACUUGCACAAUUCAAGACGUCUACACAAAUUUUAUUGACCUUAAUCAAAGAUUCCAAAAGUCAAUUUCUAUACGUGAUCUUCAAAUUUGAGUAUUUUAAUGAUACAGUAAACCUCGGAUAUAUCGGAUUCAAUUGUUCCCACUGGUUUUAUCCGAUAUAAACGAAAUCCGUUAUAUGCGUAUACCGGAAAAUGUCCGUUUUACGCAGAUAUCGGAUUUAUAUCCGGUAUAUGCGUAAAUCGGAUUUUAUCCGUUAUAAAAAGGCACUUCCUUGACUAUGUUUCCAAUGUACCUGGACGCGCAGGCAACGCUGCAAAUGACGUCGUAUAGCGGCCUGUCACGAUUCGGCGAAUUGGAGCGCCACGAUGCGGCCAUCCGAUAUAUGCCAGGGAAAUUUAAUGGAAAUGCAUUGGAACGGGAUUGGAGAUUUUGUCCGAAAUAGGCGAAAUCCGUUCUAAAAAAUCCGAUAUAUGCAAUGAAUUUUUAUUGGAAAUGCAUUACAGAAAAAUCGGUUCUUUUUUAUCUGUCCGUUGUGAGCGAAUUUCCGAUAUAUCCGAGUCGGAUAUAUCCGAGGUUUACUGUACAUGCCCUCAAAGUGUUCCAACCUUCAACCGUUUGGCCUUACGGGUACUUGGCUACUCCAGAGAUUUCCUCAUCGGGGACCACACACACACACCGUCACUUCAGUUUCCGAGUGAACAUACACAUACACACACACACACAGUCACAAUCGGAUAAACUUUCCUUAAGUUCUUCCUUUAACUCCACCGCCUCCACGCUUGUCCCCGUAGCCCUAGGAUCAUUUGCAUUGGCCGCCUUUCUCUUUUCUUUCUAAGCUGCCCCGCCCCCUUUUUAAUCAACCCAACUAACAGUAAAGGUUCUCUUAACGUUAAUAAUCCGUUUCUGUAUGUAUCUAGCCAGUUUGAAAAAAAAUUCCGAAAAAAAAAAACUUCAAUUCAGUUGUGCAAAAUUGUGUUUUCUUACUAUUUUAAUGUUAUUACAUCUAAUCUAAUCCUUCUACCAUUGCUUCAGUUAGUACUGAAAUACGCUUAGCCAACCUAGAGAUUUUUAACUGUAACGAUUGCGAUUUUCCUUACCUUUUUGUAUGGCAUCUUUAGAUCACUUCACCAUUAAUGUACUUAAGUAAAUAUUGCCCGUUACUUAAUGAGAAUCAUUGUCUGCACUGUUGAUUUUCAUAAUAUCCCUAAUGAUAAUUUUGUGGUCGACUCUACCAAUCUAAGCUGAACUCUGCGCCCUUGCACAAAGCAGCCGAACAUCUCCCCUAAGAACCAAAGUAUCUACCUAGAGUCCCCCACAUUUUUCCUGCCCCCCCCCGUCCCCCCUACCCAAAGUUCCCAUAGUCUUAUCCCUGCCUCCUACAAAUAUUGACAGCUUGCCGAGUUUAUAGAUGAGUAUAAUUAUAUAUAUAUAUGUAUAAUGACAUUGCAGCACAUGUAUUUUUAAGACUGUGAGGUAACGGUGGAUGUACACUGUGGUUGUCGUGGAGACGCAAACAGACGGGGAAGCAGGAAAAGAAGUGCGAAGAGCGAGAAGUAGUCGAUAGAGCACCAGAUUGCGUCUCGCUCUCGUAUCGUUCGCGCAGAUUCAGCAGUUCCGCAUUGACUGAAUUUUUUUUUUUUUUUUAGGCUGUGUGAACCACUGCACACACAUCAGAGCCGGUAACGCUUGACAAAUACGCUUGUCAGUCGCCGACGGAUUUUUUUUUUUUUAGUGCCCUUCCCUUUUCCCCAUUUUAUUUUAUUUUUUU